AUGAAAACGAAAUGGUUGACUAAUGAUCUUUUUGGUUUAAGCUUAGAGAAAGAAUUAAUUUAUAGAAAACUUGCAAAUUCUCUUGAGAAUCAAAAUCAAAAUUGGUUGACAAGCAGCAAUACUAUCUGUGUAGUUGGGAAUAAAGAUCUCAGACCUGAUGUUGGUGUAUGGUUUCAACGACCAACACAUUCACAAAAGCCUAGUCAACCUACAUGUCCUACUAGCGCACCAUAUGUUUGUCAUUGGGAUUCGAAUAACAAUAAAAUCUGGUAUCAACUAGAUUGGAAUCAUUAUAUUACUCUUAUAUGUGGUCUAGCAAUAGAUUUUAAUGUUGUGCUUACCGAGUUGGUUUAA